AUGGAUGUCGGAAUUUUAAAGUUGGUUGCAGAAGAAGAAAUCGGAGAAGAUGAAGGCGGAGAUUCACAAUCAAUUAAUACCUUAAUAUGUUCAUAUGAACAAUUGCGAUUUAUAUUUUGUAAAAAGUUGGUUGCACAAGAUGAAAUCGGAGAAGAUGAAGGCAAGAUGAAAUCGGAGAAGAUGAAGGCGGAGAUUCCAAUGUUUAGACAUUUUGGUUCUGCCAUGGAUCGCUUAUCCCCCGAAGACAAGGGUGUAGUGGAAGUACCCGCUUGGUUGUCCGAUGUAUAUACUGAGGACAUUCUCAAGGCCGUGGAGGAACCCACCUUGCCGGCUACUAAGAAGCGUCCGGCAUCUUCGACGGAGGCUCCUAAGCCCAAACGGCCUUUCUUUAAGAAGAUGGGUCCGGCCGAAGCUGUCACCAAGCCGUCGGUACCAAAACCGUCUGCUCCCCCGGCUGAGGGGGAGGUUCCUCCUAUUCAGACGCCCAUCCCUCCUCCUGAGCAAAAGGAGGUUCCUUCCCAGGUGGACACCGAAACGGAUGGUACUGCCGGAGCAGCUGCUGACGAGGCAGCAGUCGAUCAGACUGCGGCGGCUGACGCCACCACCUUGUCCAGAGAGGACAAGGGUGAAGGCAAGGAGACUGAGGCUCCUUCUACUGAUAAUGCCUCUACUCCUCUGCAGCUUCACCAAUUGGUUAGCGUCUCUGUACUUUAA